AUCGUAUCAGCCUGCACUGAAUUCCACUCUGCAGUAUUAUCAUCACCUCGGCUCUUCACCAUCUAGCGAGACUCUAGUCUCUCUAGAAGCUCUGAAGAGCUCUACGCAUGCUAGGCACCCGACGGUUCAGAAGGAACUCGGCCUAGUAUCCGCAACCGUUGCACAUCAUAUGCUUCUAUUGGCGUGAAUGCGUUGUCGGAUGCAUCGGUACAUCGUGUUCGCAGCAAGGACGCCCUCGGCUCAUGCACGUGCAGGGCGAUGACCUCUGGUGCUCAGGCUGUCCUCUUCUUUCAAUUUGGCGAGGCGCUGCUACGGCAUCGUCCAGCCGGACAGUCGCCUUCAUCUAUAUAAACCCAUCGCUUUCCCCGGGUUACCCCAGAGCACCGUCUGAGCACCCCACGACAAGUGUCUUUGCAACCUACCGCGCGAUCAUAGCCAGCAUGACUCAGGUGUACGAAUGGGAACCAGCAACUCCGUACGGCGCGGGUACCGUCGUUGUGUACCAAGAGCCUGGUUGGGAGCCUCCCGCAACGCCCGCUCUCUGGGGUCGCGUGGAGGAGCCUGUCGGAGGCUACCAGCAACAGCAGCAGGGUGGCUACAACCCCGGUUACAUCCAGCCGCCUCAGCCGCAACAGUACCAAGCCCCGCCCCAGCCGCAGCAGUAUCAGUCCCCGCCCCCACCGCAAGGUGGCUAUGGUGCACCAGACCAGCAAGUCGAGAUUCAUCAUGAGGAGCGCAAGCAGAACUGGUACGAUAUUGACGACCACCGCAAGAAGCAGCUCGAAAUCGGCGGUGGCCUCGUAGCUGGUCUGGCUGCGAUCGGUGCUGGUUACUAUGCGUACCACGAGCACAACAAGAACGAGGACGAGAAAAAGGCGAUGGUCUGGGGCCUGCAGAACUGGCUCCAGGAAGCUGAAGCUCGCACGCGGCAAUUCCACGAACGUGGCCCUUCCGGACCCGCCACGUGGAUACUGUCUGAGGGCGGCCAAGUCCCCAAGGGUGCGCUGCCCGCCGGUCAGCAGAACGGCGAAACACUGUUCGUCUGCCGUGGCUUCUAUGAGGUAUCGCCCGCCUUUCCCAAGGGCGCCGUCGUCGGAUAUGGCUUCAAGGAAGUCUCGGUGCCUCCCGAAGUACGAAGUCCUCGUGGGCGAUCCGCGUGCCCUCGCUGGGUCGACGCGCACGGCCGUCUGAGCUUGCAGAGCCUCGGUGCGCGGCCCGUCGAGGGCGGUCGCGAGAAGGAUGGCACGCCGCUCUUCGUCGCGAGGGUGCACCACGGCGACAACAUCAUCCCAGGCAAGGUCAGCGAGAAGCUCGACGCUGCGCUUGUGCCGGCCUCGAACACGGAGAUUACGCAGGCCGAUUACCGCGUUUUGUGCUAUGUUUGAACGCUGGCGGUGACGUCAACACACAGCGCCCUUGCAGAACGUGUAUCCCUGCCAAGUGUACAAUUAGUUGUAACAUCAUCAUCGUCGCAUGUAAACACGUAUCCCCAACACAGUUAUACUCCUUGCAAUCGAAGUGACUCAGUGACCGAAA